GGGUAUUCCGUCAACCCCACAGUCUUUUCCUUCUCCACUCCAGCCCGACUGUUUCCCACGCCUCCACACCGAGAGCCUCCACCAAAACGGCUGGAAUCAGCAAAGAGUUAAAAAUGCGAAAAGUGGCCGUUAAGGAUACCGAUGCGGGGAAUAAUGCACGAUUUGAACUGGAUUAACGUAAAGGAGUUAAAUCAAAGAGGCCUCGACUUUUUCCACUGGACUAACUGCAGACACGGACACCUAAACUUUUCUACCGGACUAUUUUUAUAAUGUCAGCGACACCGAGCUUCUCAUAAGUGACUUUUAUGAGCAGUUUAAACCCACCCGGAGUGUUUUAGCCGUUGCACUGCUUUUUAUGGACUCCUUUCUUCGCGGAUUUACGCUGAAGGACUUCUACCCCUCAGGAUUUCGACGCCAGAAAGUGACGCGUAGCUGUUGCAGCUAACGUCCGAACCAACAUGCCGCAGCUAAACGGAGCAGACGGAGACGACCUGGGAGCCACUGACGAGCUGAUAGCCUUCAAAGACGAAGGGGAACAGGAGGAGAAGAGGAAUGUGACCGCCGGACGGGACCUGGACGAUGUCAAGUCCUCUCUGGUCAACGAGUCCGAGACCAACAGCAGCUCGGACUCGGAGGCGGACAGACGCCCAAAGAUAGACCCAGAUCUGGAGACAAGGGCAAGGCAGAGUCUGCUGUUUGAGGAAGCUGUAAGGAGGCGGCAGGAUGGAGGCCUCUUCACGCCCUCCCCGUACGUCGGGUAUCCCUUGUUCAUGUUCCCAGACAUCGGGAACCUCUGCAGUCCCUACCUCACCAACGGCCCGCUCACACCUGCCGCCAGGACGUAUCUCCCAUUUCAGUGGCCUCUGACCGACCAAGGAAGAGCCAUGAGAGACUCUGCUACUCCAUCACACCUGUCCAACAACAUGCCGGUGGUGCAGCACCCUCACAUGUCUCACCUGCUGCUGCCCUACAGCCCUGAGCCUUUCUCCCCUCAUAGAGCCUCACCUGGAUUCUCUCCUGACACAGCAGGUGUGUCGAGGACACCCCACACCCCGGUGUACCCGGUCUCACCUGGAGGGAUGGCUCAGAUCCCCCUGGGAUGGCUGCAGGGACAGUCCAUGUAUCCCAUCGCGGGGGGGUUCUCACCUGCUGCUCUGGCCAUGAACAUGUCCAGCAGCCUGGUGUCGAGGAGCUUUUCUCCACAGGUGGUGCGGACUCCGCAUUCGUCCAUCCCUCACCCCGCCAUCGUCCCCACGGUAGUGAAGCAGGAGCCUGGAGGCAGCAGCCAGCCCGGGAAGUCGAUGGUGGUAGUGGAGCCUCAGAAGGUGGAGAGAGAAGAGGAGAAGAAGCCUCACAUCAAGAAGCCGCUGAACGCCUUCAUGCUGUACAUGAGAGAGGAGCGGCCUAAGGUGGUCGCUCAGUGCAAAGUGAAGGAGAGCGCCACCAUCAAUCAGAUCCUGGGACAGCGGUGGCAUUCACUGACCAAAGAGGAACAGGCCAAAUAUUACGAGAUGGCUCGAAAAGAACGACUCCUCCACUCCAAGCUCUACCCCGGCUGGUCGGCUCGGGACAACUACGGUAAAAAGAAGAAGAGGAAGAGGACGAAGAGCGACACGCAGUUUGAAGCUCUCGACGACGACUCGCCGCUGCAGCUGAAGCGACCUCGCAUCCCGUCAGAGGAGACUCCUCCCACCCACGCUCCUCUCACUCAGAUGGCACACUCUCACCCCCGUCCCCACAUCACUCAGCCCCACACUAUCUCCCACCUCACGCACACACACCUUUCCCAGGCAAGCCCCGCCUCCUCCCUGGACUCCCCAGCCACGCCCACCACAGCCCUGGCCUCUCCCGCCGCCCCGGCCCCGACGCACACCGAACACACGCACUCGUCCUCCUACAGCGGCCACAUGUCACCCCACGGCGAGCAGCUGCAGCCUCUCUCCCUCACCACAAAACCCCACCGGACGCCCCGACCACUGAGCCGCCACGCCAUCACCCCCGGCCCCUCCACGCCAUCCUCUUCCUGUGACACACCCACCGCCUCGCCGCUCAUGACCUCCUCUAGGUGUUCUCCUCCUCCUCCCCCUCCUCCUCCUCCUCUGAUCUCUCAACCUUUUCUAGUCCCGCCCACUACAUCCUCUCACCAGUCAGCUGCCAGCUCCCACAGUGCCUUCACCCAAUCACAGCCCUUCUCUGUCAGAAGAACCAAUCAGCUGUGAGCCGGUCAAAUCCUGAUUGAUACCUCUUUAAUGCUGUAAAUAAGCUUCUUUUAUAAACUUUUUUAUAGAUCUGUCCCUUUUAUUUUAGUAUGAAAAGACAAUAAUUGGUCAAUAUUUGACUGCAUCUCUAACGUCAUAAAUGUUGUAUUUUUUUGCUGACUCACGUUUUCUAAUCCUUUUUAUGAAUGAUUAUCUGGUAUUGAAGCGAAGUGUGGCACCGGGGUUUGUUUGUUUGGUAAAAUGCUUUUUCACCUGGUUCUAAUGAGUCUAAAUCUAUUUUCUGGUUCCUCCUCUGUGUUAAUAAAUAUUCACUGAGUUCUUAAA